AUGGAUAAUUCAGCAUUUGCUAUUCAUUCGUACUCUGCCUCUCUUACGACAUUUAAUGGUCUUAACUUCUCAGACUGGUGCGAACAAAUCAAAUUCCAUCUAGGAGUUUUAGGUCUUGAUGUUGCACUUUACACUGAGAAGCCAACUGCUAUUACUGAAACUAGCAGUGUUGAAGAAAGGUCCUAUUAUAAGCACUGGGAUCGGUCUAACAAAUUAGGCCUAAUGUUCAUGCGAAUGAAUAUUGCGGGCAAUAUUAAGAAUAAUCUUCCCAAAACUGAGAAUGCAAAAGAAUUUCUGAAAUUUGUGGAAGAAUCCUCUCAAACUGCUGAUAACUCUCUUGCUGGGACACUAAUGGGUACUUUGACCAGUAUGAAGUUUGAUGGUUUACGUACCAUGCAUGAGCAUGUCAUUGAAAUGACAAACAUAGCAGCAAGACUUAAGUCUUUGGGAAUGGAAGUGGAACAAAAUUUUCUUGUACAAUUCAUCAUCAACUCAUUACCGUCUGAGUAUGGCCCUUUCCAAAUGAACUACAACACCAUGAAAUACAAAUGGAACGUGCAUGAAUUGCACAGAAUGUUGGUUCAAGAGGAAAUAAGGCUCAAGAAUCAAGGACCCACUCCAUCAACUUUGUAA